GUUUUCCAUUUAAAAAAAAACUUCUGUGAUGACUCCAAUGAAAGUUCCCACUCCACCCCAAAACUUAAGAAAUUUGAAAACCGAAGAAAGAAUAUCACAAUUGCUAUUUCGUCCUUCUCUUUCCAUAAUAUACAUCAUAGAUUCAUACAUCAUCACCAAAGAUCUACACUACGCCAUUUGAAUAUCUUUUCCCCAAGCCGAAAAAGCCCCCAAACACACCUCCCCAUCAAGAGAGAUUUUGUGCGUAGGAAAUGGCAAAGAUUUCUGAACAGAAAAUCAGCGAAGGUCAAUGAGGAUACGGAAACCCGAAUCUGAAAAUCUUUCUAUAAUCGUCUCCUUUGUGUGGGUACAAAGAGAAGCCAGCAAAACUCGAACUCACUAAUCUGAAAGUUAGUGUGAGAAAAGACUCUUUUAUAGUUGGAUAAAGUUCGUGGCUUUGAGAGAGGAAAAGAAAGAGGUUCGUCACUUUUCUUUGUUCCAUGUGUUUGCAUCUGUAUAUUUCCAAAAAUAUCAGAUUGGGUACAAUUUUAUUUUCUUUUUUUGAAUUCAAGAAGGGUUGUUUUUACUAAAGUUUGAAUCUUUUUACUUCUUUUGCUGUUGGGACAUUAUAACUUUUCAAUUUAUGGCAUAUGUUUGCCAAUGUAUUUUUGAAUUACAAAAAGGAAGAGAUCCUGCUGAAGAUAAGUUUGGGGGAUAGGGUAAGGGGGGAUGUAUGAUUAAACACUUUUUCUGAGUUAGUUGAGUUUGUGAUUGGUUAAACAAAGGAAGUUUCAAUUUUUUUUUAUGAAAUAUUUUAUUCUUUCCCAUUUAUGAUGAUUACCCUCAUCUUUGUUCUUUUUCAUUCUUGCGACUCGACUGCUAUUUUCCUGCAAUUUCUUGUUCCUUAAGUUGAAAUUUUUCAAAAAGAUUCAGUCUUUUAUUUGUUUAUUUAUUUAUGAUUCCCUUUUGUCCUGUAACACAGUUGUUCACGAGGUUGUGUCAGUGAAUAAAGAAAUUGAAAAAAGAAAAAAGAAAAGAAAUCCAAUCUAUUUGUACCACAUAAGCUCAGAGCAUUAUUUUAAGGUUGUGAUAGAUUAGCAUUUUAUUACCUCAUAACUUAUCUGCUUCGCAACUUGUGAUGAUUCUAAGUGUCUAAUUCAAACUGAACUCUCUCUCAGUCGGCCAGGACCUCUGCUAAAACCUUUACACUUCUCUCUCACGAAUUUUCUUUAAUUGCAGAUAGAAAAUGGGUAAAGCAAUAAGGUGGUUGAAGGGCUUGUUUGGCAUGAAGAAAGACCGGGAAAAGAGGUCUAGGAAGUUUUCCAACACCCCUGAUAAUGUUCAUGCGGAGGAUUCCUCUUGGUUGAGAGCAGAACAGAACAAGCACGCCAUUGCUGUGGCUGCAGCCACCGCGGCCGCCGCGGAUGCGGCGGUGGCAGCAGCUCAGGCGGCUGUUGCGGUGGUCAGACUUACCAGUCAAGGGAGAGGUGCUGUGUUCAAUUUAGGGAGGGAGAAUCAGGCUGCUCUCAAAAUCCAAUCUGUUUUCAGGGGCUACUUGGCUAAAAGGGCUCUGAGGGCUCUCAAGGGACUAGUGAAAAUACAGGCUCUGGUUAGGGGUUACCUGGUAAGGAAAAGAACAGCAGCCACUCUUCACAGUAUGCAAGCUCUCAUUAGAGCCCAAUCCGCUGCCCGUUCUCGAAGAGCCCGCCGUUCCGUGAAUGUUGACAGACUCCCGCCUGAAACACGCGCCAGGAAGUCCAUUGAGAGAUAUGAUGAGUGCAGAAGUGCCUUCCAUAGUAGGAGGCUUUCUGCUUCUUCAUAUGAUACCUCAUUCAAUGGCGGAUUGGACGAAAGCCCUAAGAUUGUGGAGAUUGACACUUUCAAGCUAAAAUCAAAGACCCGCAACGCUUGCAUGUCUGAAUGUGGGGAUGACCCCUAUUAUUACCACGCACCCUCAUGUCCAGCGCCAGGCAGAGUAUCCCUCCCUGAUUAUGACUGGAGUUUUCUAGGUGAAGACAUGGGGGCUAAGUUUCAUACUGCCCAAAACACUCCUCGGGCACCAGGCAGGCGGAACGCACCGCCCACACCGCCCAAGAGCGUGUGUGGGGACCACUUCCCGAGUUACAUGGCGAACACGCAAUCGUUUCAGGCUAAGCUGAGGUCACAUAGCGCUCCGAGGCAGAGGCCGGAAGCCGCGGUGGGACCCACAAAGAAGAGGAUGUCUCUGAAUGACAUCAUGGCAUCAAGGAGUAGCUUUACUGGUGUUAGAAUGCAAACCCCUUGUAAUGUAAGAGAAGAAUAUCACUUCUGAUGAUUAAAAGAAGCACUUCAAGUUUUAGUUUCACCUUUUACUCAUUCUCUCAAUGCAUUUAUUUUUAAUUUUAAAUUAUGUUGGAUCCCCGAAAAUGCUUUGGAAUUG